CCCCUCAGACAAUCCAGCGCGACUGCAUCUGUUUUAACCAAGUGUUAAAUGCUGUAUGUUGAAUAAACGUGGAAUUACGAAAUAUUGUGUAUGAUGUUCUUUGAUUUGAAAUUAUAGUGAAGGUGUUCCGUAUGUGCUUGCGCGUGCUUAUGACGUGUCACAUGACGCGCAGUGUCAACACAGCAGCGCGAGAGCGAGCGGACCGGAUCUCCGUUAAACACCAUCACAAGCUUUCCGCGAGACACGUUCUCAGACUGAUGACGGUUCCAGGAUGCUGGGGUUCUGCUGCGGUUCCGUCCGGUUCUGUCCGGUCCUGCUGGUCCUGAUGCUGCCGGUCUGCGGUGGUAACGUGGUCAUCCAGAGAGAUGCUCAGUUUGACCUGACGUAUGACGACAUGGUCACCAGCGACAACCAGACCAUCUACUCCUACAACCACACCGUCUCCAGAAACAAGACGGAGGGUGUGCGUGUGUCCGUGGAGCUGCUGUCCGAGAGCGCUCAGAGUCCGGUUCUGUUCGUGGUCCGACAGAAACAGGCCGUCCUGUCCUUCCAGGUCCCCCUCAUCCUCCGAGGCCUGUGAGUACAUCCCAUAAUAACCUGAUCACAGCAGUCUCCAA